GAAUAACAAGAAUCCCAGAGCCAAAGGAAGGGGCGAACGGCCGCGGCAGGGACUGGGCUGCAGGAAAAGAAAACAAGCAAAUGGUGAGCGGAUAAAGUGAAGACAAGAAUGAUGCUCAAACACGACGAAUGCAGACCGGCUGCUAUUUAACUGAAGAGAGUGUGCAUGAAGUUGGUCGGGGCUGGCGGCCGUCUUGAGGCGCCCCUUUUUCGCGGGGAUAACAUGGAUUCCAGCAGCAAGGCACCGUGGUCUAGCCAGGGUACUUGGGUACAUUGGCUCAGGGACGGGAUGACGAGUUGCUGCCCCUGGACGCCAAGUCAAACGGGAGAUCCUGAGCCGACAGGGGGUCACUUUGCACCUGCCUCCACAUCCAGUCGGGGCACGCCUGCACGUUUCGAAGAGCCCGCAGGCGAGAACGCCCCCCAUUGUUCAAUCUCAAACCAAGGUCGCGUACGAGUUACACAGGGCUUCCAGAGUAGCCCAAGUUGGGCGCAAGAUUGGCUCUCGCAUCUUGACUUCUCUUCCUUCUCCAGGCCCGCGCGGUCCGCCACUCAACCGGGGCGCGGCCACAGCUAUGGUCUGUGGCGGUGGACGGCGUGUACGAUGUACCGUUUGAGGCGCAAACAAGGGCAACAAUACUCCGGAGCAUAAACGAUCGCCUCUGAUCUGCCGGUGCCGGAAGCGGCAAAGAGAGACUUGUUAACUUGUCAAGGCGACUUGACAGAACACAAUGUCCGAGCCCAGAAUCCCUUUUCUUAC